AUGUCAGUGGGCCUGACGUGUCCACAGUGUGGAAGUGAUUGUAGUGGAUACGACAAUAUUUUAAUACGUUCUUUGGGAUGUGGUCAUGGAGUAUGUGACAAGUGUUUGGGGCAGCGUUAUCCUGUGCGAUUGACUGCUUCUGCGGAUGUUGUGUGGAAUUUAUCACCAGGUCAUUUGGUGGUAUGUCCGAUAUGUGAACGGCCGACGCCACAGAAGGAUUGGGGUGACUGGAUAUCUGACCGUAAUUUAUUGGAGAAGGCGGAGAGUAUUCGGAAACGUGUUACGCUGGUCUUAAAUGGAGAUCGACAGACGUUUAAGUCGACGCCUUUAUUUUACGAAUUUCUGGAGAAUCGAGAAGAGGUGAUUUACGACCUGGUGUACUCCCAAGAUGUGACAGUAAAGCGCCAGCGGGAGGAGUUUCUGAAGCAGUGCGAGAUCUCGAAGCAGAAGGAAACUUUGGAAGCGAACGAGCGGUACAGGAAAAGGACAGAGGAAAGGAUUAAGGAGAUUGUUGAAAAGGAAGGAACCUUUUAUGAACAACUUAAGGUCGAUUACUCUAAAGGCUUUAGAAAAGAACUUCCGUCCCUUUCUCACCCACUCACUCGUGAGCACGCCGAACUCUUCCCUCAACACGCUGAAGCCUCUGCCAAGGAAGCACUCCUCCAAGAAAACCAAAGUGACGUAGAUCUCCUCAACUACCUUAGACAACACAUGCCCACCGUCAUGACAGAGUACACCAAAAAACCUGGCGACUCCCGAGCAAGAGCCGUCGCUGGCGGACACAGCAAGGAAGUCGUUUUAUAUAGAACUCAACUAGAGACCUUUGCCUUCCGUCUGGAUUGGGACCCAGACCAACAUCUAUAA